AGUCGACAAAUUUAGCCUAUUGACGCGAUAAACUUAUUUUUCUCAACUUCAAAGACAACCCAAUCACUUGAAAGGCACGUUUCUCGAUCAUUUCGUGACACCAAAUUCAGUUUGCCCAAUUAAAAAUUAUUUUUGAAGCACUUGUGCACAACAAAUUGCGUCACUGUUUGAAACAAACAAGUCGGGUUUUUCGUUUAAAUAGGACGGGUCUUGAAGGCAGAAACCAUCCCAAGUGCUACAGUCGAAGAGGUCACAUCUAGUUGUCUUCAUCCUGUGGUGCUGAGCAGAAGUUGAGACGUCCGUCUUCAGUCUGUCGUUUUGCUGCCUUCAGCCGCGUCACUGCAACAUUAUCACCGUCCUACUCCCUGUCAAAAUGUUGAGAUUGCAGCUGGUUGUAGUGGGCGUGGCUCUAAUCGCCUGUUGCUGUGCGAAUCCUCCUACACCCACACCAAAAUCUUUUCCCAAAUUCAAACCUGAAGAUACAACAGACUUCAAAACCGACAUUCUAGCAGCAGAACUUGCGGCAAGAGCUGCAGCAGGAACUGACGGUUCCGUCAACAGGGCUCAAUUCAAAACAGCCUGCAUAGGGUUGUACGCACAAAGAACCAGUCCUCAAUUGACACCAACUGAUCAAGAAAUCGAAGCUCUUUUCAAGCUGUAUGACAGAGAUCAUAACGACAAGAUUGACAUGAAAGAGGGAAUAAUGGGAGUGAUGCAGCACCAGGAAUUCUUUUACUAUGACAUGAACCUGGACGGUAAACUGGACGAAAACGAGUUGAUGUACAUGUAUGAUACCCGUGAUCAGAAUAUGCAAUACUCUGGAUCCGCUGACUUCGUGGAGGUCUAUCAGAGAUUGCAGUCACAUAACAAACUACCCAGCGGCUGGGAAAAAUCCCUUGGAAAGGAUAUCCCUGCCUAAUGGGCGAAUGAGGAUAAAAAGAAAAAUCAACAAUACAACUUUAUCUGGAACUCAUAAUAUAUUUUAUUUAUGCACAUCAUAAUAGGAAGGAGAUAUCAAUGAAUGUUUUUAGUUUCCAGUAUUAGUAUAAUUAACACCAUUAUCAACAUUAUUAUUAUUAUUUUGACUAUUAUUACUAUUGUUCAUUCAAUUAUUCAUUUUAUUUAUUGUGUUUUGGGGUUUUGUGUUAAUAAAGUGUGUGUCGAAGCAUUGAAA